UGUCCCUCACAUGCUGAACAACAUUCGAUGGUUACGCAUACAACGUGCAGCUAUGAUUUUGUUAUGAAACUUUUGGACACUCAGACAUUAGACAAAUAGAUCGCGAUAGACGACACAAUGGCAGACUCACGGCCUCCCUCAUCACAACGAACCUCGGCACCAGAUUUGGAGAUUCUGGGCGACCAGGUUACGCUGCAUCCUAGUGGUUAUAUCGAGCCUCCUGAGCGACUUCAAGACGGAGGCGACAAAGAGCGGAAUUUGGUGGAGCAUAUGGCUAGAUUUCGUUCGAGCCCUCUAGAAUUCCUCAGAGAAGUGUCACUGCAUGUCUCCGGGUCAGGAUGGCGCGCAUACGAGAAUUUCAUCGGACAACCUAUAUUUUACCCUGGUUUCUCAGAGAAUAUGACACAAGCUGUACUUUCGACACCCAUUCUCCAAAAUCGCAUUGCAGAACUGGCGGAGAAGCGGAUAGCGGUCGAAGAGAGGGACGGACUACUGAACACAGACGCCCCGCUGUAUGCUGCAAAGCGAAGCCAAAGGAAAGCUGUCAUUGAACAGAGUCUGCAGGAAUUAUGCGAGAAGUUGACGGGAGAUAUGAUCUGCAAGAUGGAGAGCAGGCCUUUCAUUAGAGGAGCAUAUUAUCUCUGCACACAACUCUUGACGAGAGCAUAUCACCAAGGAAUACAUGUCUCGAGUGAGGAAGUUAUAAGGCUAAGGACCGUUGCUGAACAAGCGGAAAAGAAGAUGCAGAGUAUUAUCUUCCUGCCGUGUCAUAGAAGUCACGUAGACUAUGUAUCCUUACAGCUCAUUUGUUAUCGAUUGGGCUUGGCGUUACCGACUGUGGUGGCUGGAGAUAAUCUUAACAUCCCAGGACUUGGCAGCUUCCUUCAACAUGCUGGUGCCAUGUGGAUUCGAAGAAGCUUUGGAGACGAUGUGCUAUACACAACCCUUGUGCAGUCGUAUAUCGAUACUUUGUUGCAGGGAGGCUUCAAUUUUGAAUGUUUUGUUGAGGGUGGAAGAUCAAGGACCGGAAAGCUUCUGCCUCCUAAAUUUGGUAUCCUAGGUUUCAUCCUGGACAGUGUUCUCUCUGGACGUGUGGAAGACGCCAUCAUUUGUCCAGUCAGUACCCAAUAUGACAAAGUCAUUGAAACUGAAGGAUAUGUUACCGAACUGCUUGGGGUUCCAAAGAAGAAGGAGAAUUUGGCGGAUUUCUUAUCUGCUUCUUCGGUCCUGUCAUUGAAGUUGGGGCGAGUCGAUGUCAGAUUUCAUGAGCCUUGGAGUCUGCGACAGUUUAUCCAAGAACAGCAAUCAAGGACGACUGGAAUUCCUAAAGAAAUCGAUAUGAAAAGCAUUACAGACCAGGCAACGCGACAGAAGUUGUUACGGACGUUGGGCUAUAAAGUCUUGUCUGACAUCAAUGCAGUAUCGGUGGUUAUGCCCACAGCUUUGAUUGGAACAGUCCUUCUUACUUUGAGAGGAAGAGGUGUUGGUAAAGCAGAGUUGAUACGACGAGUUGAGUGGUUAAGCGACCGAGUAAGGUCAAAGGGUGGCCGAGUCGCCCACUUUGGAAACUCACCUACCUCCGUGGUCAUUGAUCGUGGCUUGGAUGUCCUGGGCAAAGACCUUGUUGGUCUUGUCGAGGGUCUACCAGAACCUACAUACUAUGCCGUGGACCGAUUUCAAUUAUCCUUCUAUCGAAACAUGACUAUCCACCUAUUCAUUACAGAAGCUCUGGUUUGUGUAAGUCUUUACACGCGGGUAAAGCGUGGUGGAGGACCAGACAACCAGAGAAUACCGUACGACGAACUUCGAGAACAAGUCUUGUUCUUGUCACAGUUGUUCAGAGGAGAAUUCAUUUAUCCCACAGAUGGAUUGGCCGUGAACCUGGACAACACCCUUCGGGCCUUGGAGACAGACAGAGUUCUCGAGCUAAUCAGAGAUGGUGAAGGGAGGAUCUCUGCAGUUGGUUUGGCAGACGAAGAACGUCGUGCAGGACGAGAGAAUUACGACUUUUACUGCUUCCUCACCUGGCCAUUCGCGGAGAGUUUUUGGUUAGGAGCCGUGGCAAUGAUGGGUUUGACACCUCCUCUGAACUACGAAGGGGACGGUUGGCUUGACGUCAAAAAGUGCCAAGACAGCGCACAACUAUUAGGAAAGACUCUGUAUCACCAAGGAGACCUUUCUUACUUCGAAGCUGUCAACAAAGAGACGCUCAAGAAUGCUUGGACCCGGUUCGAAGAAGAAGGAAUGAUUGUCGUUGCCAAAUCCCGCAACACAAAAAUCCAACCUCGAGCGAAACUCGAUCCUAGCUGGAUGCCCGCACGUGAUCCUUCAAACGGACACAUCGUGCCUGAGGGUCGAUUGUGGGGCUUCAUAGAGAGAAUUGCAUCUUCUCGUAGAGAGGGUAAAAAUAGAAGGGAUGGGGCAACCGUCAGCACAAGAGUAUUGAAGCAUACGGAGACGAUAUCAGAGACGCUAUUUCGAGGCCCGCAAGCAGAGGGAGAAGGCAUGAGUGAGGAAGACAAGGUACUGCUGAAGAAGCAGCAGAGGAGGAGACUAGCGUUGCAGGCUCGAGCACAUUUGUGAGGAUUGCGGAUUGUAUACGUAAAUGAUAUUGAUACCAGGUGAAUUGUAUUUCGAUCAUGAAUUCGAAUAGCUAUUGAGGCAACUCCCUCG